GCAGCGCCUGGAGGAAGUUCCCUUUCCCUUUAAAUGCAAAUCCCAGGCUGUGCGGACGGUGUCCGGCGGGCUCGGGGUGUCCGGCAGGUUUGGGGUGUCCGGCAGGCUCGGGGACACGUCUCCGGCAGGGUCCCCGCAGCCCCCGGGAUGGAGGAGCGGAGGAGGAAGCGCAGCCCCAGGACCUGCCUGGCCCAGCCGGCGCCCCCCGGGGCCCCGCGCCCGCUGCCCCCCAGCAAGAGCACGACCUUCGCGCUGCCGCUGCCCACCUUGCCCUCGCCCCGGCAGCGCGCCCGGCUCCGCAGGACCAGCAAGGAGCGGGCGCGGGCGGGCGCGGGGGGGUCCCGGGGGGCCCCGCUCCAGCACAGCUUCCUCACGGACGUGUCCGACGUGUGCGAGAUGGAGGGGGGGCUGCUCAGCCUCCUCAGCGACUUCCACUCGGGAAAACUACAGGCGUUCGGGAAGGAGUGCUCCUUCGAGCAGCUGGAGCACGUGCGGGAGAUGCAGGAGAAGCUGGCCCGGCUCCACUUUGGGCUGGACGUGUGUGUGGAGGAGCUCCCCGAGGAGCAGAAGAAGGCGGCAGCCGACAGGAACCUGGACCAGCUGCUGGCACAUCUGGAAGAGCUCAGCAGCUCCAUACAGAAGCUGCACCUGGCGGAGACCUCGGACCCCGAGGACGCGGCCGCCUGACCCCGGCCCUGCCCUCAGCCCGCUCCCGGCCCCGUGCCUGGC